GGAGGGCGGUGUGUGUGGAGACGUAAGGAGGAGGAAAAAAAUCUAGUAAACCUGACAAAGCGUCUGAGUAACAGAGUGAAGACUGUCGGCGGAAGAAGUAGACGCGAGAGACGCUCGUUUCACCGAGAGGACGCACAUUCACGGAUUUUAUGAGUUGUUUUGUUUUCUCCUUGUAGUGGACAACUAUUCUCUUCUGCCCUUUAGAACUCGUUCCACUUACGUGGUAGCUGCAAACUUUCUGUUGAGUUGACAAGUGCGCUGUUCGGGGAACACUGGGCAAUGUUUUGCGCUCUGGAAGAAACUUGGUGACGAGAGGUGGAAAGUUUCGAGGGGGGGACAGCGAUAUGGUUUUACGAAGUGUUUUGGAAGGAUAACGCGUGUAAACCCGGAUUUCUGUGCAUGGCAUUGGACUACGCUGUCAGUCGGGUUUGGAAUAUAUCUUCAGAUCCGAGCUGAUGCCGGCUGAAUGUGGAAUAGUAAGCUGAAAAAAAAGCCAGCGCCUCGAUUUUUUUCCCUUUUUUGCCGCUGCAUUGUGGUAUUGGACACAUUCCUCCCUCUGGAUUCAGCUCAUGCUCUCUCCUCCCUUAUCUGUGCAUGCCAAAACAGAGAUCUCCACGAUUUUAGUCCUCCCUGCCCAGGUGAUUGGGUGAAUUCCGGUGAGUGACAGGCCAACCCUGCAGCAGUUGAUGGUUGGGCGGACCCCCUCAGAUGGGAUCAGUGUCCAGGGGGAGGUGGAGAAGGGGGGUAUGGGGAGCGCUGUGCCCCACUAGCGGGAUGGCCUCGUGGGCCUGGCUCCUGGCCGCUGUCCUGCUGUCCCUUUUGACUGUCAGCGUGGCCCGGCCGCCCCUUACUGCCACCAAGGAGGAGGCCACUCUGGAACCUGAAGAGGCGUCGAACAAAUACCAAAUUUCUAAGCCCACGGUGUGCUCAGUGCACCCGGGGGAAGUGCUGAAGCUCAGCUGCCCUCUGCCAGUGACGGGGACCAUCACCUGGACCAAAGAUGGCAGCUCUCUGGGCAACAACAACCGCACGCUGAUAGAGCAGGAGGUGCUGCAGAUCCGUGACGCCACGCCCAAGGAUUCGGGCCUGUACGCCUGCACCAGCGUGGGCAAAGACACGGUCUGCUUCAUAGUCAAUGUCACAGAUGCCAUCUCGUCGGGGGAUGAUGAGGACGAUACAGAGCGAUCGGAGGACACUGGGGCGGAUGGAGAGCAGUUAAGCGCGCCGUAUUGGACCUCAUCAGCAAAGAUGGAGAAGAAGCUGCAUGCGGUGCCAGCUGCCAACACAGUCAAGUUCCGCUGUGCUGCAGGAGGCAACCCCAAGCCCAAGCUGCGCUGGCUUAAAAACAGCAAGCCUUUCCGCCAAGAGGACCGCAUGGGAGGGUAUAAGGUGCGUAGCCAGCACUGGACCCUGAUCAUGGAGAGCGUGGUGCCGUCCGACAAAGGCAACUACACCUGUUUGGUGGAGAACGAGUAUGGAUCCAUCAACCAUACCUACACCCUGGACGUAGUGGAGCGGUCUCCUCAUCGGCCUAUUCUUCAGGCCGGCCUCCCGGCCAACACCACUGUCCACGUAGGAGAGGAUGCCCGUUUCGUUUGCAAGGUCUACAGUGAUGCCCAACCUCACAUCCAGUGGCUAAAACAUAUCAGUCAGAACGGCAGCCGCUACGGCACAGAUGGACACCCCUAUGUCAGAGUGUUAAAGACCGCAGGUGUUAACACCACAGAUAAGGAGAUAGAAGUUCUCUACUUGCCCAAUGUAACAUUUGAAGAUGCUGGGGAGUAUACGUGCUUGGCGGGUAAUUCUAUUGGGAUCUCCUAUCACACUGCUUGGUUGACGGUGCUUCCAGCGCUUGAGAAGACUCCCGAGUCCAUUUCCCCAGACUACGUGGAGAUCGCGAUAUACUGCGCGGGCGUCUUCCUCAUUGCCUGCAUGGUGGGCAUUGUGGUGGUGUGCCGUAUGAGGAACACUGCAAAGAAGCCCGACUUUGGUGGCCAGCCAGCGGUUCACAAACUGACCAAGCAGAUCCCCCUGCGCCGCCAGGUAACAGUCUCAGCAGACUCGAGUUCUUCCAUGAACUCUAGCACGCCUCUGGUGCGCAUCACGACACGGCGGAGCUCUGCACACGAUGAGCCAAUCCCAGAGUACGACCUUCCUGAGGAUCCGCGGUGGGAGUUUCCUAGAGACAGGUUGACCCUGGGCAAACCCCUCGGUGAGGGCUGUUUUGGCCAAGUCGUAAUGGCAGAGGCGCUGGGCAUCGAUAAGGACAAACCCAAGGAGGCUGUAACUGUUGCAGUCAAGAUGCUGAAAGAUGACGCCACCGAGAAAGACCUGUCUGACCUGGUGUCAGAGAUGGAGAUGAUGAAGAUGAUUGGCAAGCAUAAGAACAUCAUUAACCUUUUGGGGGCCUGUACACAAGAUGGCCCCCUCUAUGUCAUAGUCGAGUAUGCCUCCAAAGGUAACCUCAGGGAGUACCUCCGAGCCCGCCGGCCACCCGGCAUGGAAUACUCCUACGACAUCGCCCGUGUCUCAGAUGAACAGCUCACGUUCAAAGAUCUGGUCUCCUGCACUUAUCAGGUGGCGCGGGGCAUGGAGUACCUAGCAUCGCAGAAGUGUAUACACAGAGACCUGGCAGCGAGGAACGUCCUGGUCACAGAGAGCAACAUCAUGAAGAUCGCCGACUUCGGUCUGGCCAGGGAUGUCCACAACAUCGACUACUAUAAAAAGACGACCAAUGGUCGUCUCCCGGUGAAGUGGAUGGCUCCAGAGGCACUCUUCGACCGGGUCUACACACACCAGAGUGAUGUCUGGUCAUUUGGGGUGCUGAUGUGGGAGAUCUUCACCCUAGGGGGCUCACCCUACCCUGGUAUCCCCGUUGAGGAGCUCUUCAAGUUGCUUAAAGAGGGCCAUCGCAUGGACAAGCCCGGAAACUGCACCAACGAGCUGUACAUGAUGAUGAAAGAUUGCUGGCAUGCCAUCUCAUCCCAGAGACCCACCUUCAAGCAGCUAGUAGAGGAUCUGGAUCGCAUCCUAACCCUGAGCACCAAUGAGGAGUAUCUGGACCUGUGCGCCCCAACAGAGCAGUAUUCCCCCAGCUUCCCCGACACUCGGAGUUCCUGCUCCUCCGGCGACGACUCCGUGUUUUCCCACGACCCAUUACCGGACGAGCCCUGCAUCCCCAAGUACCAGCACAUCAACGGGAAUGUCAAAACAUGAGCCCUCAACCACCCUCGUCCACCUAGUUCGACCUACCCUAAUCCUACCUGUCGGAGUCUUAAAACACGCUCCAAAUUUCCUCCACCCGCCCUCCCCAUCACCUCCUGUGGCUCCCGGUGGACUAAUGGGCCCAGACAGGACUGGGUGGUGGCAGCGCUGCUGUCACACUCUCAUACUGCCAUACACUCACACUUUAUAUAUAAAUAUAGGACAUGCUCACAUGAGGUCUUAAAGGAGAGGAUAGGGACCUUAAAGAAGCCUUUUUGUACUGACUGAAUGAAAUGAUGUUCCCAAGGGACUCUUCUCCUCUUCCUCUCUUGAUAUAAACAGAGAUUUUUCAUUUUGGUUCUCAUGUUUAUACCCAGAGUGUUUUUUUUCUCCUUUUUUGCAAUCAACAAUGUUUGGUGGUCCAAUUCCAGUGGCUGGCAUCCCAAGACUGUUGUGUACUCCUGGAAGAAUGUAUGGGUUCAUGUGAACUUGUGGAAAAAACAAGGGACCAGAAGAGGACAGCAAAUAGGAAAUGGACUAAGAGACAGAGCUGCGACUAACAAAACAGAAGAAUAGGUGGAGAGCAAAUAUUAAAAAAAGCAAAACUUCUCCUGUUUAUUUUGUAAUAUUAAUGCAUUUCUUUUUCAGUUUUAUUGAUAAACCUUCCCAACUAUCCUGGAGGAAAAAAAUACACAGUAUAAUGUAUAGUGCUGAGUAUAUUUGUAAAUAUAUUCAAAUAUGUAUAAAAAUAUAUUAUAUAUUUACAGUGAAUUAUUUUUUGUAUGGACUUGGAUAUAACCCCCACCCUCACCCCGACCACCCCCACCAUGAGUUGAAAGCAGGUGUGCUAACAGGUUAUGUGUUCUAUGUUUCUCGCCACACACACACACACACACACACACACACACACACACACACACACACACACACACACGGAUACACACUUUAAUACACACAAACACCUCACACUCACCCAGUAACACAGUCGAGUAUUGGCUUUCAGGGACCGAGGUAGCAUCUUAAUUUAUUGACUUAUGUUCUCUUUUUUUUCUUUUCUUUUCUUUUUUUUUUUUUUUAAAUGAAUCAAAAAUAUAAAAAAUAAUAUGGAAGAAAUUAUGACAUUAAUGAUGCUGAUAAUACAUAAAUAAUCCAUUAAAAAUGUAUGGUAAUUUAAAAUGAUCUUUCAACAGUAACAGGAAAAAAAAUAUUUUUAGUGGGUUUGAAAGAUCCAGGUUUUGUAAGUUUUAUAUAUGAAUGUGAAUAUUAAGUUAAAUUUUUUGAAAAACUGUACAUUUUAUAGUCAGCUAAUCCCUUUCUUAUGUAGAUUUUAAUGGCAUUUCUAUCCAGUCGUUCUUAGCAAUGCUUUAGGAAAUAAGAUAGAUUACUGGAUAUUUAUAUAUGAUUGAAAUACAUAAGAUUUUGGAAACGCAUACCAGCAGUCUGCUCCCUCAGUUUGACUAAAUAUAGGUUUUAAAUUUCCGUGACAGAAUUGAAAGCUGAAAAACAAAGUGUUAAAUCAUUAAAGUGGUUUAUUUUAUUUUAUUUUAUUUUAUUUGUUUUUUUUGUUUGUUUGUUUGUUUUUUUGUUUUUUUUACUGGACCAACUUUAAGAUGUUGUUUUGCAAGUGUUUAUGCCACAUUUGCGAAAUAAAUGAUGGAAAAAAAGACAUCACGUCCCAAUGUUUGGCUUUUUAAAAUGAUUUCAGUGUGAAGUUGAUCAGUUUUGCAACAAGUGGCACUUUGUUUGGUUUUCAUAACACUGCACAUUGUGUUGUACAGCUGCACUCUCCUCUGACCUAAAUAUCUUUUCGCUUUGUAUCUGAUAAGGGUAGAGUUGAUUUAGCUGUUACUACUGGUAUGCUUGGAUUCUUUGCUUACUAUGUUAA